GUUUGGUCCCAACCUGGAAGGAGGGCGAGGGCUUCAUUGAUUGGCUCUAGCGCAUAAACCAGCAUAUAAUUAAAGGCAGUGUAAGGCAUCGUAUAAAGUGGAAAAUUUGUGCAAACUAGCCACUACACAAUAAAUAUAGGUCGCGUAGAAGAAUAAUGGAUCUGCUGAUGGCAUGUAAUACUUGUGGCGGCCGACGGGCCCGACAGAAGUAAAUAGAUCUCCGACAACUUCCCGACAGUCCAUUUUCUUAUUAAUCAGCAGGCUUCCAUAGCGUCUGGUUUUGCGCUUUAUAAAUACUCGCUCGUAGCCCAUAUUUACCGGGUUAGAAAGCACUCACUCUGUUCAGCAAACACAGUCAUCACUCGCAUAUCGGCCAGUAUGUCUCUCACUCAGAAAGCGCUCAUCGUGUCGGAGCUUGGUAAACCGGUCACCCUGGUAAGUGACUGGCCUAUUCCUGAGCCAGGCACAGACCAGGUGCAGGUGAAAGUGACUGUUGCCGGCCUCAACCCUCACGACGAGAAGAGCCGUGAUUGGGGCCUCUUCAUUCUUCGAGAUCUUAGCCCAGUCACAAAAGACUUCCCAGAUGACGCCGAUCUUCCCUCGGUUCUUACCAACGACGUCGUCGGUAGGAUCACAAAGCUGGGCCCAGGUGUCACUGAUCUUGAAGUCGGCGAUCGUAUCGUGUAUCAACCGUCAUUCGCGCCGGGUUCGAAGCAGAAUGGCCUGCAAGAAUAUGCUAUCGCAGAGUUGGGGGCUCUGGCCAAGAUUCCCGAUUCUAUUACGGACGAUGAAGCUGCUACUUUGCCUACCAACAUCAUUCCGCCUUUAGUGGCUCUGUUCGACACGUUGCAGAUCCCUGCGCCGUGGUUGCCAGCUGCUAAGGACUUUGACUACGCCAACACGACAAUUCUGGUAGUCGGAGGUGGCUCCAACUGCGGUCAAUUCGGUGUCCAGCUGGCCAAGCUCGCAAACGUUGGGCGCAUCAUAGUAGUGGGUGGGGAUCAGACCAAGUUGAAAUCCUUUGGGGCUACUCAUGUCAUCGACCGCCAUGCUGGAUACGACACAAUACUUGCCAAAAUUCGUGAUAUAGUAGGCGACGAUCUAGUGUACGCCUAUGAUGCUAUCAGCCCUCCGGAUGGACAAUUGCUCGCGCUAAAUGCACUAUCAAGCAGCAAGAAAGGCGCGCUGGCCCGUCUAAUACCUCUUGGCAAAGUUGAUGAGUCAAAAGUCCUGGGAAAGGGAGCAGGGUUCGAUGUACGUGAUGUCUUUGGCAGCUCGCAAGCGCAUCCUAAGCUUGCGGCCGAAUUCUGGUCCCGAGUCCCCUACUAUCUUGAGACCGGUCAAAUCAAGCCACAGGACUAUGUCGUGAAGAAGGGAUUGUCGGCUGACAGCGUCAACGAGGUGCUAGAUGCAUAUAAAGAAGGAAAGAGGGUUACAAAGACUCACAUUCAUUUAUAAGCAACCUACUUGUAUAUUCAAACGACCGCUAGGUCUCUAGGUAGCUGAAUUCCAGCUCGAAAAUUUCUUUAAA